UUGUUGAUAUCCUGGGGCCACCCGAGUUAAAGGGGGGGAAAUCCGGGGGCUGCCGCAGCCGCCGCGGGUCUGGGCCCAACCGGGGACCCCUGUCGUCGCCGCCAUCCCGGGGAGAGGCCCUUGCCCCCCACCUCGGGGCGGGGGCGCCGCGGGCUCCGGGAGCACGGACAGCCCCUACCCAUGAGGCCCUGAUGGAAAACACAAAGGAUCGGAGCCGGAGGAGACGUUAGAGGUCACGCCGAGCCGCCGCCGCCCCGCAGCCUCCCUGACAGGCGGAUCAUACUUAAGGAUUCCUAGCUUGUGUCUGAAGAAUAGAAAGCCCAUGUGAAGUUAUUUUAUCAUACAUCCUUGCUGUGUGACCAAACGUUCCUCACGUCCCACAAGGAACCGAAGAGACGCAUCCGGGAUGUUUGACGGUUAUGAUAGCUGCAGUGAGGACACAAGUAGCAGCUCCAGCUCUGAGGAGAGUGAAGAAGAAGUUGCUCCUUUACCUUCUAACCUCCCCAUCAUCAAAAACAAUGGACAAGUCUACACAUAUCCGGAUGGGAAAUCUGGCAUGGCUACCUGCGAGAUGUGUGGGAUGGUUGGUGUACGAGAUGCAUUUUACUCUAAAACAAAGCGUUUCUGUAGCGUUUCAUGUUCAAGAAGCUAUUCGUCCAACUCCAAGAAGGCAAGCAUUUUGGCCAGACUUCAGGUAACGGGUAAGCCUCCAACAAAGAAAGCAAAAGUUCUUCAGAAACAACCUUUAGUUGCUAAACUAGCCGCAUACGCUCAAUAUCAAGCUACCUUGCAAAAUCAAGCAAAAACGAAAGCAGCAGUUUCCAUGGAAGGUUUCAGCUGGGGAAACUACAUCAAUAGCAAUAGCUUUAUCGCAGCGCCAGUUACAUGUUUUAAACAUGCACCUAUGGGAACCUGUUGGGGUGAUAUCUCAGAAAACGUGAGGGUAGAAGUUCCCAAUACAGACUGCAGCCUGCCCACCAAAGUCUUCUGGAUCGCUGGAAUUGUAAAAUUAGCAGGUUACAAUGCGCUUUUAAGAUAUGAAGGAUUUGAAAAUGACUCGGGUCUGGACUUCUGGUGCAAUAUAUGUGGCUCUGAUAUACAUCCAGUUGGUUGGUGUGCAGCCAGUGGAAAACCUCUUGUUCCCCCUAGAACUAUUCAACAUAAGUAUACAAACUGGAAAGCUUUUCUAGUGAAAAGACUGACUGGUGCCAAAACCCUUCCUCCUGACUUCUCACAAAAGGUUUCAGAGAGUAUGCAAUAUCCUUUCAAACCUUGCAUGAGAGUAGAAGUGGUUGACAAGAGGCAUUUGUGUCGAACACGAGUGGCAGUGGUGGAAAGUGUCAUUGGAGGAAGAUUAAGGCUGGUGUACGAAGAGAGUGAAGACAGAACAGAUGACUUCUGGUGUCAUAUGCACAGCCCGUUGAUCCAUCAUAUCGGUUGGUCUCGAAGUAUAGGCCAUCGAUUCAAAAGAUCUGAUAUUACAAAGAAACAGGAUGGACAUUUUGAUACACCACCACAUUUAUUUGCUAAGGUAAAAGAAGUAGACCAAACUGGGGAAUGGUUCAAAGAAGGAAUGAAAUUGGAAGCUAUAGACCCAUUAAAUCUUUCUACAAUAUGUGUUGCAACUAUUAGAAAGGUGCUGGCUGAUGGAUUCCUCAUGAUUGGGAUUGAUGGCUCAGAAGCAGCAGACGGGUCUGACUGGUUCUGUUACCAUGCGACCUCUCCUUCUAUUUUCCCUGUCGGUUUCUGUGAAAUUAAUAUGAUUGAACUUACUCCACCCAGAGGUUACACAAAACUUCCUUUUAAAUGGUUUGACUACCUCAGGGAAACUGGCUCCAUUGCAGCACCAGUGAAACUAUUUAAUAAGGAUGUUCCAAAUCAUGGAUUUCGUGUGGGAAUGAAGUUAGAAGCAGUAGACCUCAUGGAGCCACGUUUAAUAUGUGUAGCUACAGUUACUCGAAUUAUUCAUCGUCUCUUGAGGAUACAUUUUGAUGGAUGGGAAGAAGAAUACGAUCAGUGGGUAGACUGUGAGUCCCCUGACCUCUAUCCUGUAGGGUGGUGUCAGUUAACUGGAUAUCAGCUACAGCCUCCAGCAUCACAGUCAUCCAGAGAAAGCCAGUCCGCUUCAUCAAAACAGAAGAAAAAGGCUAAGUCCCAGCAAUACAAAGGACAUAAGAAAAUGACUACAUUGCAGCUAAAGGAGGAAUUGCUGGAUGGAGAAGAUUAUCAUUUCCUUCAAGGAGCAUCCGAUCAGGAAAGCAAUGGCUCUGCCAACUUCUACAUCAAGCAAGAGCCGUGAGGUGGCUCAGAUGAGGGUGGGUGGGGGCAGUUUGGACACAGGACUGAUUUCUAAUCAACCCAGCUGUACAGCAGGGCUAUUCUACUGGGAUGUUUUGCUAACCAGACAAGAUUUCAGUUCCAGAUUUUUCAGGUGGGUGGGGAAACUAUUUUAGCCGGGGGCGGGGGAGGGGAAAUUUUUCAAUUUAUAAAGAUGGACACUUUUUGUGUUGUAUUUGAAGCUUUUGAAAGAAUUUUGUAAUAUUUUCCACGUUUGGAUUUAUGUGCAUUGUUAACAAGAACUGAAAUUCUAACUUUUUUGGUAAGAUUAAAGUUUAGGUAGCAGGAUUGAAGGAAAUGAUUUAAGAAGGAUAUAGUUGCAAAUGCAAAUGAACUGUCAUUACAAAUGAACCUUUUUUGGUACCUGUUGGGAGACUUUGGGAUUCUAGAAGUUAGGCCAGUCACAUCUCCAGCUUCCUUUGCUGCAGAAAUAUGCAACUGAACCCUCCGCAGAGGUUCGUCACCACACAUCACGGAAGCGGUCAUGAUUCUGCUUGUUGGCGUUUUAUUGCAGCCCAUCUUAAAUGUUUGUACAGAAAUGUUUUUCACUCUGUGAAAUUUAUUUGGAGUUCUGUAUGAAACUGGAAGAACUCUGGAUACUUUUAUAUGUUCUGUUUUACGUUUAAAAAAAUUGAAAUUUAACACUAGAGUGUUAAACUGGAAUGGUUGAUAAGAUAUACAGGAUCUCAUUGUACCAGUUGAGGGGUUGGAGAAAAUGCAAUAUUGUCCUAAUUUCAUUUUAUUUUGCUUACUAAAAAAUACCCCACAAUUGGGAUUCUGAUCAGUUCUCUGCCAUUCCCCUCCAUCAACAACCUAGUAUAUCCGCUCCCCAAAACAGAUGUUCUGUGUUAGCAGGAGAACCAAAGUAAAAGUUGUUCAAAACCAAAAGAAGUUGAGAUUUCAAAAUCAUUCCAGCUCCAUUUUUAAUUAUCCUGCAGUUUUUAUAAAAUAAUUUGAAGAAAUUUAAUUUUCAUAAAGUUCCAGAUGUAGUAUGAAUCGUCUUUAAUUGUAUUCAGAAUUUAUUUUAACAGUAACUGAUUUGGACCAUUGUGAACAUUCCCUAUUUUCAAAUUCGUGUGGCUUCCUUUAAACAAACAAGGAUACAAGGGUAACUUGGUGAAAGGUUUGCUCUCUGCGUUUUGUACCUUGCUAGCGAGUUGUGACUGAAUGGGAGAGCUCUAGCGUUUACCAGUGAGGUUCAUAAACUAAACUCUCAGGAAUUAACUGCAUCUGUUCUACAAGUGCUUCUGGGUCUUAGCCUGGCCUCUUCAGAGUAGUAAUAUUGACCAUCUCCUCUGGAAUAUAGGUAGGGCUAAUUAGAAAUUAAUCAAAAUGAUUAACCUCUACAGUCCUUCAGCCUAUGGAAUGCUUUAAAAAAAAUGUUCAUGGAAAGCCCCAGGAGACUGUCUUAGGUAAGAUUUUUGUUUUCAAUUUUAAAAUGCAUAGAACAUUAAAAACCAGCAAUUUAUUUUCUAAAAUAAUGCUCUACUUUUGGGAAUAAUAGCAUUGGUAAUACGCACAGGUUUACCUCAUUCUAUGCAAGAGGGGUUAAUAACAUAAGGUUUUAUAGUAGCUACUGGAAGUAAAAUGUGUUACUUUAUAGUGUAAGAAUGUAUGGAAUCACAUGUCACCAUUUCGUAAUACUGACUUUUGGGGCAUCAGUGCAGAUCACAUCAGCGCAGGUUGAUUCUCACGUAGCAGAUGUGUGUGAAUUGACCUGUUCAAUUACUGGAUAUUUAUCUUAAAUAACAUUGCUGAGAGGGCCUACUGUAAAUGUGAUAUGCUCGCACUUCCCAAAUCCUUAAUGUUGAAGAAUCAUUGUGCAAACUUAA